UAUUAUUGAAUAUGAUUAUAACUAUAACUGAAGACUGGGAAAAUUCAUAUCGUUUUCCAGUUCACAAACCCAUGAAAAUCUUCAAUAACUCCAGCACCAUCACUGGCUUCAUCCUCCUGGGCUUCCCUUGCCCCAUAGAGGAGCAGGUUCUCCUCUUUGUGCUCUUCUCUGUUGUCUACCUCCUGACCCUCAUGGGCAAUGGUUCUAUCAUCUGUGCUGUGCACUGGGAUCAGAGACUCCACACCCCCAUGUAUAUCCUGCUUGCCAACUUCUCCUUCCUAGAGAUCUGCUAUGUCACCUCCACUGUCCCCAACAUGUUGGCCAACAUUCUCUCUGACACCAAAGACAUUUCCUUCUCUGGGUGCUUUCUUCAGUUCUACUUUUUCUUCUCCUUGGGUUCUACAGAAUGUUUUUUCUUGGCUAUUAUGGCAUUUGAUCGAUACCUUGCUAUCUGCCAGCCUCUACACUAUCCAACCAUUAUGACUGGACGUCUCUGCACCAAUCUUGUGGUUGGCUGCUGGGUACUUGGAUUCCUCUGGUUCUUGAUCCCUAUCAUCAUCAUCUCCCAAAUGUCCUUCUGUGGUUCCAGGAUUAUUGACCAUUUCCUGUGUGACCCAGGUCCUCUUUUAGCACUCACUUGCAAAAAAGAUCCUGUGGUAGAGCUCAUCUUCUCCAUUUUAAGUCCUCUGCCCCUCAUCAUUCCCUUUCUCUUCAUCAUAAUGUCCUAUGCUCUGGUCCUAAGAGCUGUAUUAAAGGUCCCUUCAGUAGCUGGGAGAAGAAAGACUUUCUCCACCUGUGGGUCUCACCUGGCUGUGGUUUCACUGUUCUAUGGUUCAGUACUGGUCAUGUACGGGAGCCCAGCAUCUGAGCAUGAAGCUGGAAUGCAGAAGAUUGUGACUCUGUUUUAUUCUGUUGUGACCCCCCUUCUCAAUCCUGUGAUAUAUAGUCUUAGGAACAAAGAUAUAAAAAAGGCCCUGCAGAAACUUCUGAGUGUAUAA